AUGCCUACAGUCAUGUCAAAGCGCCUUGAUGGCAAGACGAUCCUUAUUACUGGUGCAUCAUCCGGUAUUGGACGCUCUACUGCAUUCGAAUUUGCUCGUACAUCACCACAAAAUCUCAACCUCAUCUUGACUGCGCGACGAAUCGACAGCCUCAAUCAAAUCGCGGCCGAGAUUGCGCAGGAAGUUGGCGCAGGAGUUAGAGUCCUUCCAGUGCAACUCGAUGUGAGCAAUGCACAAGAAGUGCGAGAGUUCGUGAGCAAGCUCCCUGCCGAGUUCAAGGAGAUUGAUGUGCUGGUCAACAAUGCUGGUCUCGUCAAAGGUGUCGCCAAAGCACCCGAAAUCGCGGAGGAUGAUCUGGAAAUCAUGUUCAAGACCAAUGUCACAGGUUUAAUCAACAUGACGCAGGCCGUUUUACCCUCUAUGCUUGCGCGCAACAACGGCGAAGGCUCUGGAGACAUCAUCAACAUAGGAUCCAUCGCCGGUCGGGAGCCAUACCCUGGCGGUAGUAUCUAUUGCGCGACUAAGGCUGCUGUUCGAUCAUUCACAGAGAGCUUGCGCAAAGAGCUGAUUGCCAAGCGCAUUCGUGUGAUUGGCAUUGACCCCGGUCAGGUUGAAACCGAAUUCUCAGUCGUUCGAUUCAAUGGUGACAAGAGCAAGGCGGAUGCUGUCUAUGCCGGGUGCGAGCCCUUGACGCCUGAUGAUAUUGCUGAGACUAUUGUAUUUGCGGCUGGGCGAAGGGAGAAUGUCAUUGUAGCCGAUACUCUACUUUUCCCUAAUCACCAGGCAAGUGCUACUAUUAUGCACCGGAAGCUAUAG